CAGCUAAAGUUAGUUUGAUUGUUGACUGAUAAGACGAAAAGCAGACAACGAAAAUGGCCUUCAGACGCUGCCACCUGAAUCCGAAGAAGACGCUCUUCCUGCUCUGCGAUAUACAAGAGAAAUUCCGACCCAGCAUGCCGCUCUUCGACAAUAUGGUCAAAAAUGUGGACAAGCUGACGAAGGCGGGCAAGGCGCUGGAGGUGCCGCUGAUUGUGACCGAGCAUUAUCCCGAGAAGCUGGGCAAAACUGUCGCCGAGCUGGAUGUGUCGCAUGCCAAGGUUGUUAUGGGCAAAACCCUAUUUAGCAUGAUGACCCCCCAGGUGAAGAGCGUCAUCAAGGACCUCUUCGGCGAGAAGCCACAGGACGUGGUGCUCUAUGGACUGGAGUCGCACAUUUGUGUCGAGCAGACGGCGAUUGAUCUGCGUGAACAGGACAUUAAUGUCUACAUUGUGGCCGAUUGUUGCUGCUCUCGCCUCAAGCAGGAUCGCGAUUUGGCCCUGGAACGCUUGCGGCAGGCGGGCUGCGUGAUAACCACCAGCGAGAGCGUCAUCUUCGAUCUGGUGCGCGAUAAAAACAAUCCCAAAUUCGAUGUGGUGCGCAGGCUGGUGAAUCCGCCCUCGGUGGACAUGGAGCUGGCGCGCAACUCCUCCAAGUUGUAGACCAGCUGUUGUUAUUUACAUGUUUAGCACUUCGCAUUUAAAGUAAAAGGACAUGAUGAGCAAGGUA